AUGAAGGAAGGAAGAGCAGAAGACUGGACAUACACAUUGAAGAGAAGUGAUUGGACAGUUUCUUCUAACGGCCCACGACAACAUUUAGUAUUCAAUCGUCUGGAUAAACAUCACAUUGGUGUUUAUCAGUGCUGUGGUCACAGGAAGAGUUCAGAUUCAACAAAAUGCAGCAACAGAGUCUCUAUACAUGUAUCAGACAAACCCAGAUCCAGACUGACAGCAGAAACAACAACUGUGUCAGUAGGAGACAGAGUGACACUGAGCUGCUCUGUGGAGAAAUCUGCUGGUUGGAAAUAUGAGUGGUUCAGAAGAACCUCACACACCUCUGAAUACAGAAUCAAUGAUGGAGAAAAUGGAAACAUCAGAGUCUCACAAGGAGGAAUCUACAGAUGCAGAGGAUCUAGAGGAGAACCAGCCGUCUACUCUGAUCAAAGUGAUGAAGUCAUCAUUAACAUAACCUUUUCCAACAAAGUGAGUGUGACCCAAAAACCCAGCUGGUCUCAGAUGUUCAGAGGAGAGACGAUCACUCUGACAUGUGAGGUUCAGGGAGGUGAAGGAGUUCAGUGGGAGUAUGAAUGGAGAACACCUCAGUCACAGACAUUCAGGACAAACAGGAAAGACUGGACAUUCACAGCUUCCACCAGUGGAGACUACAGCUGUAAGAGCAGACCCACAAAUGAUUCUUAUUCUGGAACAAAGUGGAGUGAAGUUGUCAGAGUAUCUGUUUCAGGAUGUCAGAAUGCUGUGAAAGCGUACAUAAGAAGAGGAAUAAUCCACUUUUGA